AUGCAGGCUCCAGCUCAACCCACCGCUGCCAACGAGGCGCAAAUAGCUCCUGACCCGGCCAAUGAAGAGCAGGGCAUCGCUGUUGACGACGGGGCCUCCCAGGGGGAUGGGGAGAGUGUCCAUACAGCUUCGACAGCAUCUCUGAGCGAGAGCAUCACCGAGUAUCGGCGCCUUCACGGGCGCACUUACACCCAAAAGACCGAUUAUUGCCUCCCGAAUGACGAGAGGCAGAAUGAAGGGCUUGAUAUUGCGCAUUACUGGGAGACUCUAUUUCUUGACGAUAAGCUGUUCCUUGCUCCAAUUGGUGACAGCCCCCAAAAGGUUCUUGACCUCGGAACGGGGACAGGCAUUUGGGCCAUCGACUUUGCCGACGAAUUUCCCUCGGCCCAGGUAACAGGCGUUGAUAUAUCGCCCAUUCAGCCUGGUUGGGUACCUCCAAACUGCAAGUUCCAGGUCGACGAUAUUGAGCAGCCAUGGACAUGGGACGCCGAUUUUGACUACAUCCACAUCCGCCAUCUCGAGGCCAGCAUCUCGGACUGGCCUGCCCUCUACAAACAAGUAUUCGAUCAUCUUAACCCGGGCGGCUACAUUGAGAUCAAGGAGCUUGACAUUGAAGAUCAUUCUCAGGCUCUUGGCCAGGACCUGCCUCAAGACCACGUCUACCGUAGAUGGGCAAAAGUCUUCUUCGAGGCCACAGACAAGCUCGGAAAGACCAUUCAGCAGUCUCGAAACCACGGAAUCGCCAAGGCCCUCAGGGAGGCUGGCUUUGUCGACAUUGUGGAGAAGAAAUGGCCCAUCCCCAUUGGCGCGUGGCCCGCUGACCCCAUGCUCAAGGAAAUCGGCGAGUGCAACUGGAUGUACCUGGACCAGUCGCUCGAGGGAUUUGCGCUUUUUCUUCUCAAGGAGAUAAUGGGUUGGGAAUACGCCGAAAUUAUCGUCUUCGUUGCUGAGAUGCGGAAAGCUCUGAAGGACCUGAGUCUCCAGCCCUUCUAUCACCUGUAA